AUUUUUAAAUAAUAAUGAAUAAUUAGAUGAUUACCUACUCUGAAAUUUUAUUAUUUUGUAAUAUAAAUAAUAUCCUGACUCCCCCUCCUCCUCACAAUGGGAUAAUUUUGUGCACCGUGUACGCCCUGGAUGUACCUAUUAUACUUUAUUGUUAUAAAUUAUAGACGUAAAAAUUCUGUAUUAAACAUGGGAUGGCGUUUAGGGGUAUGGAAGAGAAGGCGAUAUUGGACAUUUCAGACCUGCGUUGCAACGAGACGGAUCCCGGGGAUACCACUACGGUGCUCGACGGUCUUUUAGGAGCUGGACCACACUACGAUUAUGGCGAUGUGACCGGCUGCGACAGCCCAACGGAUCGAUGCGACGACAACGAUCAAUCGUCUGGAUCUCUGAGCACAGACCAGAAUUCUAAUAGCAACGUCAAGAGGAAACAGCGGAGAUACAGAACGACUUUCACGAAUUUUCAACUGGAGGAACUAGAAAACUCGUUUCAGAAAACACAUUACCCCGAUGUAUUUUUUCGCGAAGAACUGGCAAUGCGAAUCGACUUGACUGAAGCUAGGGUGCAGGUAUGGUUUCAAAAUCGUAGAGCCAAAUGGCGGAAGCAGGAAAAAACUUUGGUUUCCCAGCACCAGAACCAAAACGAACAAAUUAUAAACCCUUGUCUAACAGAUAAUCCAAUAUUUGGAAACUCUUCUAGCCUCCUUCCUCAGCCAGAUUGGAAUAGUCUAUGCUCUUAUACUUCAUUUCAACCAUCGGGGACGUUUGAUAAAGAUGAUCUGCAAGCUAUUGACAUCGACAAUGAUUUGCUUCGGUUCAAAACAAGAGAACUACAUGAAAACGAUAUGCUUAUGUCGCCACCUUCAUAGACAUUUAUUGAUCAAA